GUCGCCCUCCAGCACCGAGGGGGUGUUGCUUCCAAGUGGCCAUAUUGAAAUCAGCGUGUCGCUCCGUGGUUAAUGUGCAGAGGCGCAGUUCUGAUGAAGACAGAUAAUUCCUGCACACUUGUGACGAUGGCGGCCAAUGAGGUAGAUGUUUUCGCACAUGAAGAAAAGCGAAACCUGGAGCUUGGAGGUCAUGUGGGGUUUGACAGUCUUCCAGAUCAGUUGGUCAGUAAAUCAGUUGCUCAGGGAUUCUGCUUCAACAUCCUCUGCGUAGGUGAGACAGGGAUAGGCAAGUCGACAUUAAUGAACACUCUUUUCAACACAACAUUUGAAAAUGAGGAAGCCAGCCAUUAUCAGAGUGAAGUUCAGCUACGCCCACAAACUUAUGAUCUGCAGGAGAGCAACGUGAACCUCAAGCUGACCGUUGUGCACACUGUAGGGUUUGGAGACCAGAUCAACAAAGGGCAAAGCUAUAAACCCAUUCUUGACUAUAUUGAUGCCCAGUUUGAGAGGUAUCUUGAGGAGGAGCUAAAAAUAAAACGCGCCUUGUUUAACUGCCAUGACACAAGAAUCCACAUCUGCCUGUAUUUCAUCGCUCCCACCGGACACUCCCUGAAGUCCCUUGAUCUCGUCACUAUGAAGAAACUGGACAGCAAGGUGAACAUUAUCCCAGUUAUUGCAAAGGCAGACACGGUUUCCAAGAGCGAACUGGACAAACUGAAGAUCAAGAUAAUGAGUGAGCUGGUCAGUAAUGGAGUGCAAAUUUAUCAGUUCCCUACGGAGGAUGAAGCUGUUGCAGAGAUCAACACCUCCAUGAAUACUCAUCUUCCCUUUGCUGUGGUGGGAAGUGUAGAGGACGUUCAAGUGGGAAAUAAGAUGGUGAAAGCCAGGCUGUAUCCCUGGGGAUCGGUACAGGUGGAGAAUGAAAACCAUUGUGAUUUUGUGAAGCUGAGGGAGAUGCUGCUGCGUGUGAACAUGGAGGAUCUCCGGGAGCAAACACACGCUCGACACUAUGAGCUCUACCGUCGCUGCAAGCUAGAAGAGAUGGGCUUCAAGGACACAGGCCCGGACAGCCAGUCGUUCAGCCUUCAGGAAACAUAUGAAGCAAAGAGAAAGGAGUUCCUCGUAGAUCUGCAGCGCAAAGAGGAGGAAAUGAGACAGAUGUUUGUCAACAAAGUAAAAGAGACAGAAGCAGAGCUGAAAGACAAGGAAAAAGAGCUUCAUGAGAGAUUCGAGCAGCUAAAGCGGAUGCACCAGGAAGAAAAGAAGAAUCUGGAGGAGAAAAGACGAGAACUUGAAGAGGAGAUGAACGCCUUCAACAGAAGAAAGGUGGCUGCUGAGACACUGAUGGGACAGGCUCUUCAAGGCUGCUCACAACCAUUCAAGAAGGAUAAGGACAAGAAGAAUUGAUUUAUGGAUCAAACAUCCAGGGAAACCAGGAAUGUGUCUGCUGUCAGCAUGGGAAAAAGAGACUGUCAUAUCUGACACUGCCUACUGACGAUGUAUGUGUAGGCAGUGUCACUUUGACUAUGCACGUAUGUCAGCCUGAACAAUGUGAUGGCUAUAAGCCAAUGUGUACUUAUGGAUCAAAAAGGUAGCUUUGCUUAGUGUUUCUAAUUUGUCCCUGAUGCUGACUCUGCUAGACACACAAUCCAUGGACUGUUUUCAUAACAUGCAGCUUGUGUUGUUUUAUGUUCUUGCCAUGAAUGUGUGUUCAUGCCCUGUUGUAGAACAGGAGACUUUUAGUCUCAGACUGAAUUGAACUGAUGGCUGUGCAUUACAGUAGUACAGAGUAAAAAGCAUUUGUGUGUUUAUACAUGCAGUUAUUUACAAGGGAAAUAGUCAACAUUAUGUUUUUUUCAAAAGACAGAAUUUCUAAUAAUGAAAAUCAAAAAUGUUGUUUUAUUUUUGAAAUUGUAAUUAGUUUAACGUAAGGUAAUUUAAUUGACUUAUGCAUUGAUGUGCAAAUUAUAAACAUAUUAACUAUAUACAUUAACAGUGAGUCUGUGAAUCGAGCAAAACUGUUGCCAUAAUUUAUAUUCAAAUAAAAAAUGUCAAUGAUACACCUAAGAGAGCAUCAGUUCAUCUGUUGGUCGUGUGAACCCUUAAAACCCUCACUUCUCUGGGACCUCCCAUCAUAUCAGUCAUUUUUAUGAUUCAAAACAUUUCAUAUUGCACUUGUUGUCGUCAUGAUGUAUCAAAACAUGAUUUUCUGAUUUUAAUUUGUAAACAGUGUUUCGGUAAAAGCAUUAUCCAUUCAAUUCAAGUUUUUGUUUUUGCAUUUUCUUUGUCCCUCGCAGCAUACAGUACAAUAAUAACCAUUUGUACUAACUUUUGGUAUUUGAUAUCUUGUGACCUCAACGAAUAUGUAGAAUCCUGGCAGCAUACAGUAAAAAUAUUAAACGCAAACCUAAUGAUCAUUUGCACUAAUUUGUGGUACUUCAUAUCUGGUUGAAGUUUGUCUAAUGGCCCUAAUGAAUAUGUAGCAUUGCUUGUUCAGAUAAAUGACA